AUGUCGCAGUCGGCGGGCUUUGGCGGGCCCACGCCGCGUCGCUCGGGGCGGCUGAGCUCGAAAGCUGGCUCUAUGAUCGAGCAGUCAGUGGUAACCACCAUGACCUCAGGAGGUACUCGUCAACGCCGACAGGGACCGCUCACCAAAGUCAAAGCUCGUCGGUCGAACGCUUACGGCGCCAGCGGUCGCGUUGGUGCUGCCGAGGAGCUCUCUAUUACCGCCACCGGAUUCGCCCAGGCGUUUCAGAAUCAGAGAGGUGACGCCGUAGCUCGUGACGACGAUGAGGAAGAGACCGACCAAGACGAGAGCGUUGACGAGCUAAACGGCGAGUCGACAAUGAGCGGCGCACUGAACGGCAAGAACACACGAAAGUCACCCAUUCACGAACGCUCCUCUCCUCCACCACGAGUGCCAGUGCCCUUCACCUUCUCGGAGACUCCCGAGGUUCCGCUCAGCGACGAUGAUCUGGCCUUCUCCAUCGGGAACACGUCCAAGUCUUUUGGCAUGGAGCACGAAGCCGGCAUGCUUCAAGAGCCACAGCGUCGCAACUUCCUGCGCUCGUCAUCGCAGCAGCCCACUCCAGUUCCCAGGAGCACACUGAGACUUGUCGGUCAACCGACACGAGUAUUGCCCAGAGUCAAACCUACGCCCGACAAAGCAGCGAUUGAUGAGUCUAUCGAGGACCUCCUUGCAGAAGAGCGCGCCAGACUGCAACGUGAAGGCCCACCGCCACCGCGGCCACGGCCCACACCCCACACUAUACCACGACUAGCAACCCUGUCGGAACCCCGAGUCGAGCGACAGCCCGAGCCCCAAGCGGAGCCUCACCCUCAGCAACAAGUCCAAGCACGACCUCAGCCCAGCCGUCUCCAAGCCGUCAAGCAGUGGCUUGGUCAAGUUGAGCCAUCUUCAGAAGUCCCGCAAAGUGAGAUCCUAGAGGAUGAGCCCGAGUGGCCGUACCUUUCACUACUCCAGAAUGCAUUCUGGGGCGUAAUGGCCGUCGCGGGCAUCCUGCUUCUCUCCGUACUAUUCUCGAGUGCGUUCUCAGAUCCUACCCGCAGCGUCGGUGUGCACACGGCUCUCGCCAAUCGCAUCUCCACAGCCUGGUAUGACCUAGCUGAUUGGAUCCAGCCUGGGCAGCGGAAAUACAACGAGUCCAACAUUCUCCUCACCUGGCUCAACGGUAAUGGCAUGGACGAUGAUCAUCUCGUGUGGUCGCGCAUGUGGAGGAAUCAUCAGGAGUACGCAGCGAAAUUCGACAGCGUGGACAGUGCCAUUGAGUCGAUCAAAAACGACCUACCAGAGCUCGUCGUCGUCCGUCGUCACCCACAGGGGCGACUCGAGAUCACAGACGACUUCUGGAACGCGCUGCUCAGUAAGGCGCAGUCAAAAGAUGGCGAUGCUACCUGGAUCGACUUCCUCAAGGCGAAUAGCAAGAAGGUGCAAGCGCUGGACAGCAAGCCCGUCGAUUCUGGGGCGACCGCACGGCCACAGAUCGUUGGUCGUGAGGAGUUCAUGAAGACAGUGCGAGAACACUACGAAAACAUAUCCACCGAUGUCGACCGGAAGAUUGUCGAAGCCUUCAAGACGCACGAAACGAAGGUGAAGACCAUGAUCCAAGCUGAAGCGCGCAAGACCUUGAUGGAUUCGAUCCGUCUUCAGUCUCUCGCGCAGAGCAACCUUGUUGCCAGCUACGAGCUCAACCUCAAGAAGCCAAACUACUUCUCGACUGGCCUCGGCGCCCUCGUCGAACCUGGACGGACUUCCUCAACGUACGACAACAGUUCCACCUCGCUUGCUAGCUUGCUCAUGGGGCGGCGGACACGCAGGGCGAACCCGCCCAAGGCUGCACUCACGAAGUGGGAAGACUUUGGCGAUUGUUGGUGCGCGGCACCAAAUCCGAUGAGAGGCUACGCUCGACUGGCCGUGUCUCUGCCGCGUUACGUGUACCCGAAGCAGGUUACUGUUGAGCAUGCACCCAUGAGCAUGUCGCCUAACGGCAACAUCGGCAACGCACCACGCAACAUGGAGCUGUGGGCGGAGACCGAUCAGCCCAUCAAACAACAUUACGAUCAAGGUCACAACGAGUGCUUGGAUCCUGGAGAUCUCAAAGGCCAUGGCUACGUCUGCUUGGGCAAGCUUAAGUACAAUGUCCACGCUGCCAACCACGUACAGACGUUCGAUCUUGAAGCAGAGCUCUCGGCACCCACAACCAGAGUCGUCAUGCAGGUCACGUCGAACUGGGGCGCGCCAAACACCUGCAUCUACCGCGUGCGCCUGCAUGGCGAUGAUGCCGAGGAGAAGUACAACUACGACGUUACCCUGAACGACUAG